AUGAGUGAUACAGAGUCCCCACUCACAGUUUUGAAGGCAAGAAUAGCGCUUCUUGCUACUGCCAUUGGUGGGCCAGAUUAUACUUCUCAGAUUGAUCCACCACCAUAUCAGAUAGGUGAUGAUUGUCUGGCGUGUCUAAAGGACUUGAAAAGAUGGUUUCGACUGGUUGACGAUAAUCAGAGGAGAUGGGACGUAGCCAUGGCGGUCGCGGAAUACAAAAUAUUGACGGACGACCUGCUUCCGAUUCUCAUAGACUGGGAAAAUAAAUGCUAUCUAGCUACUAAACUAUCCAAAGGUAAUAGCGACAUAUCUGCACAUUUCAAGAAUAAACAGUAUUACGAUAAAAUAGCACUGAACUGCUUACAGCUUAUGGUAUUAAUGACAUGGCCUUUGAUUUUAACAGAACAGUCUUCCACAAAUCAAAUUAAUCUAUACAGUGAACUUAAGAAACACCAAUUGACCUAUAAGAAGGCGAUCCUGUCUGUAGAGAAUGGUAAAGUACUUAAAGCGGCAAUUAGAAUAGCCAUUGAUGUCAUAAAACUAGAUCGGCUGGCUAGAACUCCAAGGGAUAAUAUGGUUUUGAAAAUGGUCUUGAAUUUCAUUAGAAAUAUCCUUGCAAUAGAGCCAGGUGAGCUUACAAUAACGGCGAGAAAGAAUAUUGCUAGUAAAGGUAUAAAUUCUGUUGAUACUUUGCCUCCUAAUGUAACUCAAGAUGAUAUAAGCCAAAGCACUGUUAUUAGUUGCUUCAAGAAAAAUAAAGUGUUUCCAUUUUUGCUGACCCUAGGAAGCUCAAUGACCAAAGAAUUUGACCAAGAUUUUAUAAACAUUCCCCUGAUGGAGGUUAUGUUUUUUUUAACUAAGGAUAUAAGCCAAGACUCCCUUCUUUUUAAAUCGGGUGAACUUGAUACAGCACAAAGCGAAAAUCAUCUUUCAAAGGCGGGCCAAGAACUGAAUGAUCUUCUACAAAAGGAAUCACAACUAAAAAAAAAAGUUAUAAUGAAUACUUCAACCAGACAUUCUAGGUUUGGUGCUAUGCUCUCAAUUCAAACCUUAGACCAGAAAAGAUUAACUGUUUCUGGAAGUCAAAACCUUUUGGACAACUCUAAAGCGUUACAAAAAAUUGAUGACAGUAAAAAAUCUAAAGGCAGAAGACCAAUGAUUAGAAAUGAAACAGAUAAUGAGAGUCUUCCUACAAAUUUAUUGAACGUGCAUAAGAAGAGCGGCACAUACCUACCAUUAACUAUUUCAAAAUAUUUGAAUGACUUUAUCAAUGAUUUUAUCGAUUCAAGUUUCAAUUAUUUAUUGAAAAGUGUCACGAAUUAUUUUGUAACAGAGGAAGAUAAAAUAAUAAGUCUUGAAAAAAUUGAGUAUCUAUUAUUCUUUGCAUGGUUCAACAAAUACCAAAUAUUAAGAUGCCAAGUAGAUAAAGAUGCAGAUAUUAUGAUGAUCUCGGAGUCUAUCAAAGAAACAACUUUUAUUUUAGUUUCUUCACUGCUACGGUCCUCAUAUGACUCUAAGGCAUGGGCAGUUGUUCAUUCAUCUAUGCUUGCUUUCAAUGAGCUGUUGAAACUUGUAAACAGCUUGAAGAAAUUCGAAGAUAAUGAAGAUAUAGAGUACGUUUUAAGCAGACUUUUUAGCGAUGAGAGAAUACAACUACUAUCUAAUCUUCCCAGAAUUGCAUCAACUCACUCCCUGUCCUUUAUGAAAACAUCUAUCGAGCUUACUCACACUGUAUUGAAAAUAUUAGAAAUGUAUAGCGGGGAUAACUCGUUGGUAGUGGAGUCUAAGAGACGUGCAAAGAAAAUGAAAUCUAUAUCAAAGGAAGACUAUGAACGGCUAGUAAAUGAAGAGGGCUACGAUCCUGAUGAAGCCAUUGAAAUUCUUAAUCCUGGCCAUAAAACUAUUGUUAUUAAUUUCAAAAGGGUACAAAGUUCAUUCUUUCAUAGGAAUACCAUUGAUCUAUACAUCAACACACUAAAAAGAUUCAAUGAAUUAGAAUAUUCCCAUAUCAAGAUGAUCAUUUCUUUUCUGUACAGACUUUUUGUCGAAAAUAAUGAAGAAACUCUGUUUUAUAGAUUAGAUUUUAUCAUUUUGCUUAAAGAUAUGCUGAAGCAAGAUGGACUACCAAGAACAUCAAAAGCGAGAACACAUAUCAAUGAUUUUGCGAAAUACUAUCUAAGCAGACUGAAAAGGAAGCUGAAGUCUUCACCAGCUUGGCAUGUUGGAAUACUAUUUCCACCUUUGAAUGAUGGUGUUGUCGGGUAUUUCCAAAAAUAUGGUGAACACAAAAUGACCAAGGAAAGUGAAAUUUAUGCUGUACAACCAUCUCAAUUUAUUCCUUUUGAGCAACAGGAAAUGAUGUCUGAGAAUAUGAUUUUAGAUAUGCAAAUCGGUGUACUGGUUUCAACAUUAAUCGAUGAAGGCUCCCAGAAUCUAGUGGAGUUGGUGCGUGAAAAUGUACAGCAUUUGAUAGCUGUAUUUACCUCCCAUCUAGAAGUUGCUGGAGAGAACGAAAAAACGCCAAAUAAUGAAGCAUUUAUCCUGAAAGAAGAAUAUGAUGUGAAUCCAUUACAUUACAAUAGACACAUAAGAGCAUUACUACAACUUGUGGGGUUCGAAAUACCAAUACUGAAAUCUGAUCCAUGCUUUUACCGUGGCACAACUGAGUUUUCGCGUUUAGUCAAAUGCGAAGAAUCGAUAACCAAAUACCUCAACAUACCAUUUGAAACUCCAAAUGGCCUACCAUCGUCUAGUUACCUAAAACAACAGUCAGAAAAAAAUAAUUCACUAGAGUCUGACGGAUGGAAAGGCAACGAGGAUUAUGAUUAUACAGAUCCUAACAUUGUACCUGAUAAUGAAGUAGAUGACAAUGAUUACUUCAAAGAUUUAGACAAAAGUACAAAUAUUAGAAAAGAGAAGAGAACUGUGGGUAUUGCAAGUAAAAAGACACAAUCGAAAAAUAAAACAUCGAGAAAUAGGAAAAAGGCAUCCUUUCGAUUACCAAAUGCCAUUGAGGGUAAAGACAAACAACCUCAAGAAAAUCUUGAGGUAUUCAGUAAAGAAUAUAUCAGCGAUUCGGACGAGGACGAUGAAGAGAUUUUAAAUCCUGUAUUUUUCGAAAAUGAGAUGUACAUGCGUUGGCUACUUGAUAAAUAUAAUGGCCAGCUUCCAAAUGAUAAAUUCCUAAGCUUUGGUCGGUUUGUAAAUGAGCGUCUGUCGAAUAAUGGGAAGGUCGUGAGUGACUUUACUAGUUUAUUUGAUGGCCCAGUGCCUCCUAUAGAUGCGCUACCAUUAGAAGGCAUUACCAGAAAAGGCCCAGAUAAGACUCUGUUAACACUUUCAAGAGUUGAAAUCAAUGAAAGCAAUCAAGAUAACGAGAACACACAGGUAAAUGAGCAAGUUGAUGAAACUUCUGAAAACUUAACAAUUAAUAAAAACGCCAGGAAUAUUGGCAUUUCGCAUGGCCAUGUAGAAAGUGAAGCUGAUGACGAUGAACCUAUAACUAAAAAAAGGAGAACAUCAGCUAACUAA